AAAGUAAAGGCCCUGCCGUAAGCUAUGGCAUCAACUAUCUUUGAUCUUCAGUACAUGUGAAUGAUUGAUAAGGAUUUGGAUCGGAUGGGAUCGGUCCUCUUCUUCUUCCUUGGAAGUAAAAAGGUGUGCAAUAGACAAAAGGACAAGCUUAUUUCUCCCACGAAGACAUUCAGACGGAGUAGAUAGAGAACGACCACCUACUUUGUUACUGUCCUACAUCCGAACUCAAGCACCCAGAAAGGGCAAAGCCAAUGAAGCCAUUAUAUACGUUCAAUCAUAUUCAUAGACAUCAAAGUCAUCAUCAGAAGAAGGGGAAGAAGAAGAAGAAGCGUAUAGAUCUGCCGCAGAACAAGAACAUUCGUCUCGCACAUACAUGCAACCAAUCUCCCUACACCACAGAGUGCAUCCAGAAGCGUAAAGCACACGGACAGAAUAGAACGGUCACAAAGAACCAGAACAAGAACAAGAACAAGAACCUGGAAGAGAAUUCACUCCCUCGGCUCAGCUUGAAACUAUCUCCCGUUUAUCUUCAUAAUUCAGUCCAUCUUAUCUUAAGGAAGAAAAAAAAAAUAAAAAAAAGAUAAAACGCAUUCUUCAGUCGCGGG